GGACGCGCAGGAUUCGAGGACUCGUUGUCGUUACCGGCGCCACGACCGGGGCCGCCACCGGGACCGCGGCCGCCAUGGAGGCGCCGCCCGCGCCCCCUGCCGCGCCCCCCGCGCCCUGCAGCGCUGCGCGGAGCCUGCAGGACGAGCUGACGUGCCCCGUGUGCCUGGAGUACUUCAACGAUCCGGUUCUGGUGGCCGAGUGCGGGCACAACUUCUGCCGCGCCUGCGUGACCCAGUGCUGGGAGGACUCGGCGCGGCGCCUCUGCUGCCCGCAGUGCCGCGAGCCGGUCCCGCAGCGCUUAUUUCGCCCCAACCGCUCCCUUGGCAACAUCGUGCACAUCGUUCGCCAGCUGGGCCUGCCGCCGGGCCCCGCCGAGCCGCCGCCGGGGCCGCCCGCGCCCGCGCCGCCGCUGCCUGCGGCCGCCCCGUCCGGCCCACCGGGGCCGCCGCGCUGUCCGCGCCACGGGGAGCCGCUGCGGCUUUACUGCGUGCAGGACCGGCGGGCCGUGUGUGUCGUGUGUCACCUGUCCCGCGAGCACCGCGCCCACACUGUGCUGCCCGCCGAGGAGGCGGCCCACGCCGCCGAGGAGGUGCCCCAGGAGCACUUGAGCUCGCUGAGGAAAGGGCGCGAAGAGGCCAAGGCCGAGCGGGAGCGGCAGAGCGAGGAGCUGCUGAAGCAGACGGAGGUGGAGCGGCAGAAGAUUGUGGCUGAGUGCAAGGAACUGCGGGCGUUCCUGGAAGAGAAGGAGCAGCUCCUGCUGUCCCGGCUGGAAGAGCUGGAAAAGGACGUCGGGCGCCGGAGGGAUGAGAGCGUGGCACGUCUGGCUGAGGACAUCGCCCAGCUGGACAAGCUGCUGGCAGAGCAGGGCGGGGACAGCGGGACAGAAAACACACCUGCCCAGGGUGUCGUCCUGGCUGGCAGCAGCCUGGAGAGCUGGAUGUUCCUCAAGCCCGAGCCUGGCUUUUCUGAACUGGAGAAGAAGCUGAAGAGCUUUUCCCAGAAGAGUGCGGUGCUUAAGGAAGUGCUGCUGGAAUUCAAGGAAAACCUGCGCUUCGAGCUGGAGAAUGACACAGGUGAGCUGUCCCUGGACCCCGACACAGCCAACCCCUACCUGGUGCUGUCGGAGGACAAGCGGAGCGUGCGGCUCCGCGGGGCCCCCCAGGAGCUGCCAGCUCACCCCAAACGUUUCGACUACGCCUUCUGCGUCCUGGCCUCCGAGGGCUUCUCUGCUGGCCGCCACUACUGGGAAGUGGAGGUGGGAGACGGGGAGAGCUGGGUGCUGGGUGCCGCCCGCGAGUCCGUGCGCCGCAAGGAGAAGGUCGACUUCGCCCCCGAGGAAGGGAUUUGGGCAGUGGGGCUCAACUGGAAGGGCAAAAAUUGGGAUCAGUACCAGGCGUUCACCUCUCCCGAGACGCCACUGUCCCUUUGCGAGCGACCGCGCAAGAUCGGGGUGUACCUGGACUAUGAGGGAGGGUGGGUGGCGUUUUACAACGCUGACAACAUGGCUCCCAUCUUCACCUUCACUGCCGCCUUCUCCGAGAGGAUCUUCCCGUUUUUCUGGCUCUUCUAUGUGGGCUCCUCGCUGUCCCUCUGCAACUGAGCUGGCCCCGCUCACUGGUCUUGUCCCCUCUCCCCAGCCAUCCUUAUGUUUUCCUUUGCUUCCAAGCAUAACACCCCAAAUCCUGCCCUUGGCCGUUCAGGGGGGAUUUUUUAUUUUUUUUCCUGUUGCAGUUCAAAGUUUGGAGUAUUUUUCCCUCAAAAUCUUUUUCAGGGGUGUUGGUUGGUGGGGGGGUUGCUAUUUGAGCACCCUCUGCCUGUUGCUGGUUAAACACCCCUGUAAUUCAUUUUGUUUUUCCUUGGGAGUUGGAGCCCCGUGGAACAGGGAGAGGCUGAUCCCAUCCUACUUCGAAUAGUAGCCAAAGCUUUGUGCCCCACUCCCCCCUAAAAUGCUGGGAGAGGAGGGGUGUUGUCCCCACCCAAGUUUGGACACCUCUGCUUCGCAAGUCAUCCCAUCCCAUCCCAUCCCAUCCCAUCCCAUCCCAUCCCAUCCCAUCCCAUCCCAUCCCCCCCUGGGGAAAGGGCCAAGCCCAUCCUGCUGUUGCUGACUGACCCCCCCUAUCUCCUCUAUUGCCCCACCUUUCUCUCCCCACUCCCCCCCCCUUGUCCUCCCUUCGUUGUGUCCCCAUCUCCCCCCUACCCCCCAUUUCCUCUGCUUCAGCCCCUCCCUUUUUGCUCACCCCCCUCCCCCCCCGUUCCCCCCCAUCUUCCCCUUGCUCCCCCUAAAUUCUGAGUCCCUGGAGCACCGGGAUCCCAGCAAGGGGAUGUGGAUAUUUGGGGUCACCCCAAACCUGGGCUUUUUGGGGGGUCUGGGGGGGCUGAAGGGGGUCUGUAUUCCAAGUGUGAUCUUGUGCUUGCCCACUCCCCUUGUGCCCCUUCCCGCUGCUGUUCGUGUCCUUUACCCUGUCACUGUUAGUGGGGAAAUAAAAGUUGCUGUGCAAAAAAACCCCUAAAACCUGAUAAUUUGGGGGUUUUUGGUGCUGGGGGAGGAGGGAAAGCUGCUCCUGCUCAGGAGGGAAUGGACACAGACAUGCCCUUGUGCCCACCCUGCUGCAGCGGAGCACUGAGAGGUUUUGGGC